UAGUUACUCUCACCUGUCAGGUUACACUCUCAUUCUAUGUGCUAACUUCAGAGUGGACAAAUUGGCGUCAUGGACUCUCCACCGAGCGACUCUCCGAUCAGAUCGGGUUUCCAGAGAGUGGAGCUCCAAAAGACGACGUGGGAAGUCCCACAAAGAUACACGACGCUGCGAACAGUCGGCUCUGGUGCCUACGGGACAGUUUGUUCUGCCAUAGAUCAGAGGACCAAGGAAAAGGUGGCUAUUAAGAAGCUGUAUCGCCCUUUCCAGUCCCUCAUCCACACCAAAAGAGCUUACCGGGAACUUAGGCUGCUUCGCCACAUCGACCAUGAAAAUGUGAUAUGCCUCCUUGACGUCUUCACACCUGAUUCCUCCGUGGAGAAAUUCCAAACCUUUUAUAUGGUGAUGCCCUUUGUAGCACAGGAUCUGGGCCACAUCAUGAAGAAGCGGAGAUUAACAGAUCGCAUCAUAACGUACCUGUUCUAUCAGUUUCUAAGAGGACUUAAGUACAUUCAUUCUGCUGGAAUCAUCCACCGGGACCUAAAACCUGGUAACCUUGCUGUGAAUGAGAAUUGUGAACUAAAGAUAUUGGACUUUGGCCUUGCGAGGCAGACAGAGAGUGAGAUGACUGGUUAUGUGGUCACCCGCUGGUACCGAGCUCCAGAGGUCAUAUUCAACUGGAUGCACUACAGUCAAACAGUGGAUGUCUGGUCAGCUGCCUGUAUCCUGGCCGAAAUGAUCACCAGCCAGGUUCUCUUCCCCGGACACGACAGUAUUGAUCAAUUAAAAAAGAUCCUCUGCUUGACCGGAACACCUGACUCCUCAUUGGUAGAGAAGAUGCAGAGUAAAGAUGCACAGUCGUAUGUUCAAGGUCUCCCUGCACAAAAGAAGAAGAACUUCAAAGAGGUGUUUCCGUCCAUGGAAGAAAAUGCUGUGUCACUACUGGAGGGGAUGUUGGUGCUGGAUCCGGAAACAAGGCUAACAGCCGCACAGGGACUGUCGCACCCCUUCUUGGCAGAAUAUCACGACCCAGAAAGCGAGCCCGACUCUCAGCCUUACGACGACUCCUUUGAGAGCUUGGAACUCACCAUCGGGGAGUGGAAGAGUCUCAUUCACAUGGAGAUCAUGACUUUUGACCCUGAUGACCCCAGUAAAACUGCCAUAUAGAGUAAAGCGUCGGCACCACGCUUAAUUGAUUUUUAAUAAUCCCUUAAGCAUUCUUGCCAUCAGAGAAUGACAACCUAAGAAUGUGAAUGAUUAUGAACUAGCUAUGCCCAGGUGAAUAAUAUUUUCUGAGUUGUAAGCACAUUUUAGACGUACAUUCUAUCAAUUUAUAAGAAAACAGUAGAAGGUUGGAGGAGGUCACACAAAUAUUCCCCUUGAGGUUGGAAAUUUGGUGGAUUACAAUUGAUGAACAGUGGAACAACAGACUUCGGAUUUAACGGACAGAAUGGGAGUUUCCUAUUGGAACUCAAAAUGCCUGCUUGCAACAGACAACGUCUGUUAGUUCCAGAAUUGGUUGCUGUUGUUUACUGGUGCCACACUGAGACAACAGACAGAGAAUUGAGAACUGACUCACAUUUGCAAUGCCAACCUGGGUGCAGAAGGUCUUUGAGGUAGGGAAUUUUAUUACAUACAGGUACAUUUCAAUAAAUUAGAAUAUAUUUAUUCUAUUUGAUUGAGAUACCAUACCUAAAUAGAUUCUGCAACAGAAGCUUGCAGAUGACUAUAGAUGUGAUUUAUCAGAUGGAAAAUGCAAUAGGAACAUGAGCCUGAGGCCUUACACAGUUCUACUACAAAUUUGAGAACAAUAAAUCAGAUCUACAAUCAUCUGCAGGCUUCUACAUUAUUUAUAUAUUUAUUUGAAAAGACAGGUUUUUCUAAUGUCUUGGCAUUCAGGCUAUUACAUUUUUUUCCUUCAUCUUUAGAGAACAUCCGCUCACAUGCCUUUUAUGGACCUUUAAUUCACCAUGUGCUAUGAUGUAAUUUAAUAUUAAAGUUGUUACUACAUCACAUUGUACAGUUUGUAUAUGUAUUUGCUUUGUUUUACUCUGCUGUCUGCAGCCAGGUUGGCAUUGCAAAUACCUUACCUGGAUAAGCUUCAAUAGAUAAAUGAAUAAAUACAUGACUCAGGACUGUGAAAAGUCUGCGGAUCCGUGGAAUUCCGUGGAUUUUCCUCAUGGAGAAAUCAUUUAUGUAAAUCGGGUAAAUUUGCCCCCAAAAAAAAUUCUGGGAGGAGGGGGGGUUAAUAUAGUACUCUGUCGACAUUGACAUUGACAGUCUGUAAUCGUGACCGUCAUAUUUACAGCAUUGAAGAUCGUAUUACAGCAAGCAAGGUGCAAAUCUUCCACCAUUUAUAUUUUAUCGGUGCGAUCUUUCUGCUUCUUUCUGAUCUUGCUUUUAAAUGUAUUUUAAUCCUCUUAUGUAUAACACCGCAUCCAGUAUUGACGGCUCUGUAAAUGAAAAAGUAAGUGCCAACAGAGGUCUUUUAACCAAUCAGAGUUUGUCAGCACAGCCCGCCCCCUCAAAGAGUUCCUGAUAGCUCUCAGAAGACCCUACCCGCCAGGAGGAAUGAAAUAAUCCGGGGAGAACCUUCCAUACUCAAGUAGUUUUUUUCGGUGAGGACACAGGGGGAACUCAAGCUACCAGGGUAGCUUGGGAAGUUCCUGCAAAGGUUCCUGCAGUGGGAAAGCCCCUAUUAUCACCCCUCCCAAGCACAAGCAAUAAUGGCACUUUCAUGGCAGCAUUAGACUAUCACAGCAAUGUUUAAAGGUAAAUUUAGGUAAACUUACAAUCAUUUACAAUCAUUUUGUACAGUUUUUUUUCAGGCCAUGAAUAAAAGUGUUUCAAAUUAAUGGACAAACGGCUUUAACGGACAAUUUUUAUUUCUAUUAGUCCAUUAAAGUGAUGUUCCAUACCUUGCUCUGUAUUAUAACACAACAAAUCUGUGGCCAGUUCAUGAGAUACUUCACAAAAAUAUCUCAUGUUGAUUUGGUAGACUUAUUACCUCAGUGUAAUGUCUUUUGUGGCAUGGGCCAAACUAAAACCUGAUGUUGUGUUUGCUGUAAAAACAAAUAAAGUAAAAAAAAAUCAAUCAAA